GUGAGCGCCUCUGCUGGCCUUCGAAAUGGGCUCGACUCCCUAGCCUUGAUUUCUUCAAUUGUCCCUCUGCAUAUCAACUUUUUGAUUUUUAAAGAAAAGCCCGUCCGCAAUGACAUUUGGAGGUGAAUCGGUAGAUGAGGUGAACCAGGUGUUUUCAGAACUGGUUUCUGUGCGGGCUGACUUGCUUGCAAGUUUCAGUUCCUGUGCAGUACAGUAAAGAUACCAGCUUGGUCCGAGGAUUGCAAUGAAACAAGCUCAGGAGCGCAACCAGGAGUGUCUGCCUCCUAAGAAGAGAGACCUGCCAGUUAGUAACAGCAGUGGAGCUGGAGGGACAGGGGGAGGUGGGCCUGCUGGUGGCGGUGGUGGAGGAGGAGGAGGAGGAGGAGGAGGAGGAGGAGGAAGUGGCAGUGGAGGGGGAAGUAGUGCUGGUGGUGCUGGAGAAGAUGAAGUGGUUUCCAUCCAGAACUCUGCAGCCAACAAUGACACUCAGGGAGGGACUCCAUCUGCAGAGUGGCUGCGAGCUCAGCCAGGGCUUCAUUAUGGAGUGGAUAAUUCUGAAGGCAUACCAGCAGUGUCUGUCGACCAGUACAGUAUGCUCUACAAAGUGGCACUUCCAUCGCAGACCAGUCUGCACCCAGUUUUGAGCCACAUCUCUCCAGCUUACACUGUACACUCACCUCUUCUGCAGCACCCAGGCCUUCCCUACCCUCCUCUUGGAUACGCCCAGAUCCCCCAUUCAUCCCUCCAGUUUGUUAGUUCCCCCUAUGCAACAGUACCAUACGCCCUUCCCCCUGGCUUUGUACCAGGGUCAUUAAUCUCUCCCUCAGGCACCAUUUCUCAGCCCCAUGCUGUGUCUCACCUUGUUCCAUAUCCAUCUGUCAUACAGGAAGGUGUUGUUUCCCCACCUCCCCAAGCCCAGGUAGCUGCUCAUACCUUUGCCAAAGUUGCAGCACCCGGCGGUGUCCCGCUGAUGCUGCCUUCAGAGCAAGCUGCUCAGCAGCACCUUGGUACUGUAGGGGUGCUACCCACAACAGAGGUCGGCUCUCGAGGGAUGCCAGUCUUCUAUCACUCCUCGAUAGCCAGAGCUGCCACGGCCUCCAGAGACCUGCACAGUGCCCAUCAGGAGCACGAAUCGGAGAUGAAUGGAGGCGAUAAGGAACAGGGAGCCAGGGAAGUUGUUGUACUAGAUUCAGCCUACACUGCUAGAAAUUCACGUCUGCUGCAGGUGGCAUCCAGCUUCGCGAUGCAGGAGCAUGUCCAAGACAGAGGCCUGCAGAACAGACGACUGGAGGGGAGGAGCUCACCGGGCCAGCGCAGCACUCCAGACAGCGACCUGGAGGUGCAGCAGGUAGUGGGUCGCUUGUCCUCUUCCAGCCAAUGUGGAGGUGGAGUGAGGAAAGAGGUCUCCUUUGCACCUUUAAACCUCUCUCAGGGUGCCCACAGAGCCAGGGAUGUCCAUGUGGAGAACAUAGGCCGGACUGCGUACACCGCCCAGCCUGUUACUUACAGUGACCCCAGAGUGGCGAGUCUCCAGCAACAAACUGGGCAACCAGGCCACGCUGUCAUGCUGGCUAAUGGACAACCAGUCCUUAUCCCCUUGGAGUAUCACUUGCAGCAUCAGCCCCAACCGCCACAGCAACACUAUCCAGCACAGGCUAAUGAUCAUUUAGCCAGCCAUGCCUCCACCACCAUGGCCUCCUCUAACCUAAGCUUUAAAACCUCUGAUUCUUCAGCCAGAGUGUGCCUCCCUGAACGAGCGGAGCAGACCCCAGCUCAGCAGCCGCUCCCACAGCAUCAGCCUCCUGUCCAGCCUGCAGCAGAUGUGACUCAGGCCUUAACUUCAAGCCUCGCUCCUGCCUCAGCUGCCAGCAACCCGUCACACUUCAUGAAAGGAGCUAUCAUCCAGCUGGCCACGGGGGAACUGAAGCGCGUGGAGGACCUGCAGACUCAGGACUUUGUGCGUAGCGCCGAGGUGAGUGGAGGGCUUAAAAUCGACUCCAGCAUGGUGGUGGACAUCCGUGCCAGCCAGCAGAGACCUGGUCUCGUGUCACUUCACUUUACUGUGGGGGAGCAGCAGAGCAAAGUGACCAUCGAUGUGCCCCCAGAGCACCCCUUCUUCGUGUUCGGCCAGGGCUGGUCGUCCUGCAGUCCUGAACGCACCGCCCAGCUCUAUGGCCUGGCCUGCCAUCACCUUCAAGUAGGAGAUGUGUGUGUGUCCAUCACCCUGCAGCAGCAGUUUCAACCACAGCAGCAGAAACAACCACACCAUCAUUCACAACAACAGCAACAACAACAACAGAACCUACCCAGGACUUUGAGCAAAAACAGCGCUACAACAGGACCUGGUCACCAGCUCAUGGGUCCGCCUGCCCCUCAGCAGUCACGGCCUACAUCUCAUUUCAGGAUAGACCGCAUCCAUCGAGAAAGACAGAGAGAGGGAGACAAAGAGGCGGUCGAUAAGGAAGAAGCCACACAUUUUGGGGUUGUAGGGCACACUGAGUCACCCAUCAGAACCAGUAGGACCUCAGCAGAGCAUCCGAGGAGCCAGAGCAGUUUCCACUUGCACACAGAGGGCUCUGCUUUUGCAGGGGGAGGGUUGGCAGCAAUGCAGGCUUCGCUAGGUGCUUCUCAGAGGCGCUGGUCCUCACCCGCCCUCCAAAGAUACAGUAUGAAGGGAGACGAAGGGCCACGCCCUCAAAUAAGCACCUCCAGCCACACAAGGCCCUCUUUUAUCCCCCAGGAGGUCAAACUCUCCAUCGAGGGGCGCUCUAAUGCAGGGAAGUAGCAUCACAUUUGGUAGCAACUACAAAAGAGACUGCCACAAGUAAGAAUGAGUCUGACAAGGAGAGAAAGAGGAAACACAGAGUGCGAAUGUAGCCUCAGAAUGUUUGAGAUUUUGCACACCUAAAAUGUAAAAAAACGUAACGAUCUGUGUCUAUCUGGAGAGAAGUUGUGGUUUGGUUUGGUUGUCAAUUAGCCAAAGGAAACAAGGCUGUGCUUUCCCAGCCAGCUGAGGUCUGACAGGGACGUGAAGAGCUGAGUAGAAAGAUGUAGCUGUUGAAAUUCCUACAAUAGUCCUUACACACUGCAUUUCUAUAACUCCCUCCUUUGUGGCCACUUCCUCAUUUCCAUGCUAAGAAGUGACCGUCGCAUUCAGAAAACUCUUGCUUCCUGUGUGAUCAAACUCUCUUUGAAAGACCACAAAAUGAUAAAUGUGCUUUUAGCACAGCAGAGCUACCAACUCUGCAGGUUGUGAUGUAAUUAAAGAUCACAGCGAUCUUUUAUCUCCUUCAUUCCUAAGAUCCUUCACCCCCACCCCCCCCCAAACAGAAAAAUCUAAUAAAAACAGAGUAUAGUUGCUGACUUCAGCAGCUCCUGGCACUGUUGAUGCUAACAGUCAGUGUAUGUUACAUUACGCCUCUCCAGCAGGAGUGUCAGACCUCUUUUGUCAGCAGAGAUCCUCUUUCUCCUCAAAGACCAGGAUCCUCUCUCAGGCUAAGCCUGGCAUGUCCGGGCUUGUCUUACAAUCAGAAUAGUGCAAAAUCAAUCAGUCUGUUUGUUCAGCAAUCAGUUUAUACAAAAAAAAAAACAACAUACUUCUCCCAUGAAACAUCAUCAUGCCUCCUGCGUCUGUGAGCUUAAACGCUGCAGAACAGAAGAGGCUUUGUUUUCUAUAAUAACUCCAAACAUGUUGCAUUCCAGUCUCAUCAGUGAGAAGUUCCAUCACUUCAAAUUCAUCUUCGAGAGUUAUUACCCUUCCCUCCUCCUCCUCCUCACUGUACCUCAAAGCUUUCCCGACCAGACUGGUGACUAUUGAUGCAAUUUUAAAGAGCAUGAUUAACGGAGGAGGCAGCACUGGCUGGUCAUCACCAAAGCCACCUGUGGGAAUGAACCAGAGACAUGUUAUCCCGUCACAUCUCCGGCAACAAGCCAUUUUUGCCUACAAGAGUGGAAGGGCCUUGGAGAGAAAAUGUGUGUUUGCUCGGUUAAAUGAAAGCAAUAGUUGUGUUUACAGCGUGCCGCUGUACUGUUCUCCCCAAGGAAACUCUCUACGUGGGCUUUUUUUGAAAUAUCUCUUCACAUCAGAAGUGAGACCCCGCCCUCUUUUAACCCAGACUUUGAACGGUGAUGCACUAUUUUGAUGUUGAUUUUCUUUCAGUAUUUCUACAAAAGCAAAGCAUGCAUUCAGCAAAUCUCUCAAGAAUUCAUUGAAGAAGAAACUGCUUUCUUUUAAUUCUACAUCUCACUGAUGAUAUUUUAUCUUAUAUGGAUUUACACAAGUGCAUCUCCAAGAAAGGCUUGACUUUAAUCGUUAUCAGUUUGGUCCUCUGUUCUGUCUUCUGUUUUGAGUUUUUGGCUUUUUGUACUCGGAUCUGCUUUGUCCAGUGAAUCUUAUGAUUGUCUCGUGUUGCACAUAGAAAAUGUCACUCAUUGACUUCACACUGACCUUGUUAAUAGGAAUCACAGUAGGGUAGAUGUCUUUUCUUUAAUGAAGGGAAUAUGUUUGAAGUAUUGUUAUAGGUGUUUUUAGUGAGAGAGAGAAAAAAACUGACUUGCAUUUUUAACUCUGUUUACAACUUAGCCAAGAUGAAUGCUGCAGUUUCCUCCUCAUGACAGACGUUUAUCUCUGUCACUGAAAUCCAAAAAUCCAAAAGGGUGAAUUUAAAGUAAGUGCAAUUAGACCAUGCAUAGAAUCAUAUAGAGGUUUAUAAUCAGAAGGCAUUCCUCACGCAGACAUUCCCAUUAGAACAUGUACCAGUUUUCUUUUUUACUGUCAUUAAUCCGUGGACUGAGCUCUGGGAAAACAUUGAUCAUUUCAUACAUCACUUGAUGUGUUUCCUUUCAUUGGGUAUGCUCAGAAAGUUACUUGCAUGCAUGCCAAUGUUGUGUCCGACUGAUGUGUUGAUGUUGUGACACUUAGGGUUGACCUUUCUGUGGAGCCCUCAGUCCCUUAUUGGUCGCCUGGCAUACAGCUAGAGAUGGAGCUCACUGAAUUGGGCCCAGUAGACUCUCAGUCUCUGGGUCUGCUGUUAUUCACAGCUUAAAGACAAGAUUCACAUUUGUUCAAGUCUUUCUUUGAUGCAGUUCUCACAAACCCUUAAAAAAGAGAUUCAGUUUAAUCAUUAAUCCUCUUUCCGGACUAGCUGCAUGCGUAGAUCUCUCGUAAUGCUAAUCUGAUGGAAGAUAAUGGAACAGAAUCUUUCUGUGCACUGAAGAUAUAGCUAUGGCAGGCUGACACAUUUAAUGAGAAGAAAGCAGGAUGAGAUGGUUUGUCAAGGAACACUUAAAGCUGCUGUUGGUCGUCACAGAGUAAACAUCUGUUCAGAGAG